GUUUCCGCAAGCUGAGAAGCUUUCAGUUAGCCCUCGCUUCAGUAACACCAAACAUCUCGACGACAUCACCCAGCAGUUCACAAUGUCCGGCGCAGUCGCUGAUAUCGGCCUCAUCGGCCUGGCCGUCAUGGGCCAGAACCUGAUCAUGAAUAUGGCCGACCAUGGCUACACCGUCUGCGCCUUCAACCGCACCGUGUCCAAGGUUGACGCUUUCCUUGCCAACGAGGCCAAGGGCAAGUCGAUCGUUGGUGCCCACUCGGUUGAGGAGUUCGUCUCCAAGCUCAAGCGGCCUCGCCGGGUCAUGCUUCUCGUCCAGGCUGGCAAGCCUGUCGACGACUGGAUCGAGACCUUGCUGCCCCUCCUCGAGGCUGGCGACAUCAUCAUUGACGGCGGAAACUCGCACUUCCCCGACUCCAACCGGAGGACAAAGUACCUCGCUGGCAAGGGCAUUCGCUUCGUCGGCUCCGGUGUUUCCGGUGGUGAGGAGGGUGCCCGCUACGGCCCCUCUCUGAUGCCUGGUGGCAACGAGGAGGCCUGGGAGCACAUCAAGGACAUCUUCCAGAGCAUCGCGGCCAAGAGCGACGGUGAGGCCUGCUGCGAGUGGGUUGGCGACGAGGGUGCUGGCCACUACGUCAAGAUGGUGCACAACGGUAUCGAGUACGGUGAUAUGCAGCUCAUCUGCGAGGCGUACGACAUCAUGAAGCGUGGUCUGGGCAUGGAGAACAAGGAGAUCGGUGAUGUUUUCGCCACGUGGAACAAGGGCGUUCUGGACUCCUUCCUGAUUGAGAUCACCCGGGAUAUCAUGUACUUCAACGACGACGACGGCACCCCUCUCGUCGAGAAAAUCCUUGACAAGGCCGGCCAGAAGGGCACUGGCAAGUGGACUGCGGUCAACGCCCUGGACCUGGGCAUGCCCGUUACUCUCAUUGCCGAGGCUGUCCUGGCUCGUUGCCUGUCUGGCAUCAAGGAGCAGCGUGUCAAGGCAUCGACCAAGCUCGAGUUUGUUGGCCGCACCACCACCUUCGAAGGCGACAAGAACCAGUUCCUGGACGACCUCGAGCAGGCUCUCUACGCGUCCAAGAUUAUCUCGUACGCCCAGGGCUUCAUGCUCAUGCAGGAGGCUGCCAAGGAGUACAACUGGAAGCUCAACAAGCCCUCGAUUGCGCUCAUGUGGCGUGGUGGCUGCAUCAUCCGCUCCGUCUUCCUCAAGGACAUCACGGCGGCUUACCGUAACAACCCCGACCUUGAGAACCUGCUGUUCGACGAUUUCUUCAACAAGGCCAUCCACAAGGCGCAGCCGGGCUGGAGAGACGUGGUCGCCAAGGCCGCGCUGCUCGGUAUCCCGACCCCGGCCUUCUCGACGGCCCUGUCGUGGUUCGAUGGUUACCGGACAAAGGACCUGCCUGCCAACCUGCUGCAGGCCCAGCGUGACUACUUCGGUGCCCACACCUUCAGGAUCAAGCCCGAGGCGGCGACUGAGAAGUACCCGGAGGGCAAGGACAUCCACGUCAACUGGACUGGACGGGGAGGCAACGUUUCGGCGUCGACAUACCAGGCUUAAAAAAGCGAGCCGGAGCACGAGUUAAUGAUGGAAAUCGGUUCUGGGUGGGCAGCUCAUGACUUGAAAGUAAAGUAAAAUGGAGCUAGAGAUACAUGGUCUGUUAAUCUGUCCGUUCUGCUCGAGAAACAUGAGCCAAACGCCG